GCUCGUCUUUGGAGGGAUGGAUGGGCUGGUGUGCACCAUGGAUCUAAUACAUCCAUGUUGAGCACACACUAAUGUGCGGGUAGGAGGAGCAGGGAGACUGGGCUUGAGCUUGGUCUCCAACAUAGUGGUAGCAGAAAGAUAACACAAGACGAAGGUUACAGAGAGGAUGAUUCUUCCAUAUUAUAUAACUUUUUAAAAAACAUGUACACCUCAUCUUAAUGGUUACCUCUUACUAUAUUGCUUGUCAUUUUUCUUGAAUGCAUAUAGGCUCAGGAGAGUGAAGAAUGUAGAGAGGAUGAAAGGAGCAUUGAAGCUCAUAUCAAUCAUCUACAGAGAUGCUUAAGGUACACCCAGAUCUGAACUCUUUAAAGGAGAGAAUGAGACGAACCUAUGCAUACCGAAAUACCUUCAUGACAACUGCCAAGGCAGAGGAAAUCAUCGAAAAGUUUCCCGCACUGAAGCUUCCUAAAAUACUUCUGUGGGAGAUGAAGGAGCAAUUCCUUGUAGAAGCUGAUCGCAGAAUGGUCACAGAGCUGGUUCGAAUGGCAACGAAGAUGGUUCAAAGAGCAUCUAUGUGUGACUUAAAGGACUGCUGCCAGAGGGCAAUCAAUGCCUGCCUGGAUGAUUCAGUAAGACGAGGACUCAUUAGGGAUGCAGCAAUUCUACUGUUGCCUUCCAUUUUCAGAGAGGACUCAUCCUUGCUAUACACUCUACUGGAGGAGCCAAGCGUGCCUACUCCAGCAAUCAUGCUCCAUAACACACACGAGGGGAACCCUUUGCAGGCACAAAGGAUAACCCUAUACCUGGAUGGUAUACAGGUUUUGACUGAGGACAGCAGCAUGGACAAAUCAUAUGCUAUGAGUGCAUUAAUGUCACUCUAUUUUGUUUUUGCUGUCCAGUACCCAAAGGAACUGAGAAAAACUCUUAUUUUCAUUGAAAGAUUUGUGUUGGGGAUCAAGGACCACAGUGUUGUACCCAUUUCAGUGAAGAGACUAUACAACUGUGUCGGAAGUGGGGAGUAGUGAGUAGAUGUGUUGCAGCAUGGGAUUUCAUGCUUUAUGUUCUUGUUAAUGGUCAAAUUCCUGCUGCUGCUCUUUGUUUGUACAUAUUGAUAAAAAAAUAUCCCUUAUUUAAUACAUAUUUUGGACCAAUACAUCUUGUUUGAUUUUGGCAUAGUGACGUCUCUAGAUUUCCAUUAUUGUUACAAUACGUAACAUUUUGAGUACUUAUUACAUAACACUGAAAAGUAUUUCAACAUUAUUUAAAUCAAUGUGAAAACUUUGUGGGAUUCCCUCACUUUCUCAUGAUUCUGUUGCACUGUCACAAUUAGUACAUACAGUAUGUACACUGAUUCUUUUCAUUGGACCAUGCAUUAUUUUAUUGUUUGUAGAUAGCUUACAAUAAGGCGCAGUAAAUUCAGCAAGUGCACCUUAAAUUGAUUGAACUAAAACUAUUUUGUGUCUCUUUCUGCAAUGUCACCAUUGCUGGAGAUUUAUUUACACAAAUUCACCUACUGAGGACAGCAUGAUGUGUCUGGCCUGUCAUGUUGCUGAUUCCACUGGACCUAUGCUGACUUUUGACCUGUUCUCCCUUGGGACCUACACAGCCUCUCCUGUUUUGUUGGACUAUCUUUAAAUAAAUGUUUUUCUCAUUAAAAUGUUUUGAAUGUUUGUUCAAUGUCAACAUGAU